GGCCGGAGCGGCGGCUGGGCGGGCGCGAUGGGUGCGGUGCUGUGGUGGGACCCGCUGCGGGCCGGCAGCUCGGAGGUGGACUGGUGCGAGGACAACUACACCAUCGUGCCCGCCAUCGCCGAGUUCUACAACACGAUAAGCAACGUCUUGUUUUUCGUCUUACCGCCCAUAUGUAUGUGCUUGUUCCGUCAAUAUGCAAUCUGCUUCAACAGUGGAAUAUAUUUAAUAUGGAUUCUUCUAGUCGUGGUUGGGAUUGGAUCUGUUUAUUUUCAUGCCACCCUCAGUUUCUUGGGCCAGAUGCUGGAUGAGCUGGCUAUUCUCUGGGUUCUGAUGUGUGCUCUUGCUAUGUGGUUCCCUAGGAGAUACUUGCCCAGAGUUUUUCGAAAUGACAGGACCCGAUUUAAAGCUGCUGUGGGUGUUUUGUCUGGAGUUACUACCUGCCUGGCCUUCAUAAAGCCUGCCAUUAACAACAUCUCGCUAAUGACGCUGGGAGUUCCCUGCACAGCUUUGCUCAUUGCUGAAUUGAAGAGGUGUGAAAACUUGCGUGUGUACAAACUGGGUCUCUUUUCAGGUCUUUGGUGGACAUUAGCACUUUUCUGCUGGAUCAGUGACAAAGUGUUUUGUGAGAUCUGGUCCUCAUUUAACUUUCCCUAUUUGCACUGUGUAUGGCACAUUUUAAUUUGCCUUGCGGCGUAUCUGGGAUGUGUCUGCUUUGCUUACUUUGAUGCUGCCUCUGAGAUCCCUGAGCAGGGCCCUGUCAUAAAGUUCUGGCCCAGUGAAAGGUGGGCAUUCAUUGGAGUUCCCUACGUCACCCUCCUCUGCGCACACAAAAAAACAUCUGUGAAGAUUACAUGAAGUUGGAAGCCAUGGAAUGGGGAUGGAUUUUCAAGUUAUAUUCCAGCACCAACAAUAUUUAUAUAAUGAUAAAUGAUUAGUAUUGUGUUUUCUCUUCUUCCUAAGAUAGGCAGCACUUCAAGUGUCAUAGGAAGAGGAGGGAAGUGUGUUCAUUCCUCUAUGAAGAAAAGGAAGCAGAAGCAUGGGGGCACUUGAACACUAAAGUAACAAAAUAGCUUCUUUGGUUUUUGCAUUGUUUUUUAUGCAGCAUUUCUCUUGAUAAAAGCUCUUUUCAAAUACCAGGAUCAAGGAAUGAUCUUUUUGUAGUAGGGAUCUACUGGUGGUUGAUUCACUUCUUUUGCAACUUUCUUUGUGAAAGAAGGCAGUCCGAGAUGCCUACAUGCCAUCUGUGUCCUUCUUAGCUCUGAUUUUGCUGUGCUUAUGCACGGCCACAAGAGUGUGCUCGAAGCCUAUGCUAUUCCCAGCCUGGUGUGGCACCCAGGCUGUGCAUUGCUUUGGAUCACAGAAUACAUGGUUGCUUUCCUAGGUACAACAGGAAUUGAGUGUUUGCAGCUGGAUUACUCUGUAAGUGCACUUAGGCAGUGUAAAUGCAGAGGGAGCUGACAGAGGUCCCUAAAACUAGGUAGGAGUUCAAGAAUUUUAUUUUAUUUCCACUGUCCUGUGCAUACUUGUAUGCUGAACAUUUCCUUCUUGCAGAAAUGUCACAGAAAUCCCUCUCUACCUCUUGAGACAUGUUUGGUCUUGAAUUUGGCAUUGAAGUGCUCACAGAAGUGAGAACAUUGCCUUCAGUAAGAUCUCAGGUCAGCAAUUGAUCGACAGUGUGAUUAAACUAUAAAAACUCAUAGGUGCCUAGCUGCAUGUCUAAUCUGAGAGCUGACUUCUCACUAACGCAUUACAAAGUGAUACAAACAAUAGUCCAGUGCUCCACUCUUUAUACUUAGGAAAAAAGCAGAUAACUGCUUAAAAACCAAGCUGAAGACUUAGAUUUCAGUGAGCAAAGAGAUGUGAUAUUGAGUCGUGCACUCUUGCAACAGAUUUCAAUUUUCAGGUUUUUUUUCUCCAUUUUGUAAAGAUAAAGGAUGUCUAGAUCCAUUUAGUUUUAAGAUUAUUGGCUUUGAGGUUCAGGAAUGGUGUUGAGGUUCAGGAAUGGCUAAAGUUCUUGCAAGCAUUUAAUAUAAGGUCUGUUUAAAAAACUGGUCCAAAGUGCAGGCAUGUUUUUCAAGUAUGAACAAUUGUAGCUGCUAAUAGCUGCAGUUUUGGAGGAAAAAGUUCUCACAUUCCUCAGAACUCUAAGCAGGAUAAGGCUUUGAAUGUACACUUUUAUUAAUAAGUGUUAUGUCCUUUUUUAGUAUUAGACCAUGAAAUAUGUUUUUCUCUUUUGCUCACAUAUUAUGUUGUACUUGUUUUUUAUCCAUUCAAAAAUGUACUCUGUAAAGUACCAUCUCUAUGAAAGUGGUUUUUAGCAAGAACUUUGGGUUGAAUUAAUUUUCAAGCAUUUAAAAACCUUUAUUACUUGUAUAUUAAAAUUUAUGCUUAGAAAGCAAGAAGUAAGGUGUAUGCUGAUACUCUUGAAGCAGAUUGUUAGUGGGAGAUAUGACUUUUUCAUGAGACCUUCAAAACAGGUGAGUAGACUACUGUCAGAUGACUGCCAAAUCAUAAAAGCAUUAUAAAACAUUUCCAAUGGAACACUACAUAUUUUACACUUGUUAGUAGGUUUGAAACAUCUUUUUUUUUGGACACAAAGUGAUACAAUUUUUUGUAUGAGACCUGUUUGUAAAAAUUUAUGUAGUGAUGUUUGUUACUCUUUGAAACAAAGUGCUUUUUCCUUUUCCUUCCUCUCCCCCUGCUUAUGAAAUUCUCAUCUUCAAACGCUUCUCAGGUAUUAAAAGUUCUGUUAUUAGAUCCUUUUACAGAGAGGAUUGCUGGCUGGAACCCAGCUAAGUUUUUUGAUGCCUAACAUAGCCCUACUUUGAGUAAGACUUUUUAAUAGUGUUUGCUAAAUUAUUAUGUUAUGGUAAGUAAGUUAUUUUCAGUAUUGCUUGGGAACCUAAUAACUGCAGACAUAAUGUACUGUUUAAAAUGACUGGAGCCUUUCUACUUAAUACUUUGCUUGAAAGCAACCUGUGACUCAAAUGGCUCUAGUAAAUCUGCUGUCAGUUGCCAUCUUCUACUCUGCGGAGUCUGACUGCGCAUGAAGUAGUAACUUUGUAAUUUUAAAAAUCUCAGUAGGUCAUUCAGCUAUUGAAGAAGUAAAUUAAUGCAGAUAACAGGCCAAGAAUAGUCUCCUGUAUUUUUAUUAUCCAAUCUCUAGCCUUGUUACCCUUAGUGAGAGAUUUUGUGAACAAAGAUCACUAUGUGUUCAAAGCUUCUCUGGGGAACUGGUUGGAGUAUUCCUCUGUAGCAGCAGCUCAUCACUUUUAGAUUUAGCUAUUGCACUUUACAUUAAAUUAGUAUUAACUUACAUAACUGAAAAUAGAUACACUUAUUUAAAAAAUAAAAAAACCAUGCAUUUUUUACAAGAUUCACAGUUUUACAGAUUGCACCUACACAAUAAUAUUAGUACCCAAAGAAGUAUAUGAAUGGCAGAAGGGUUUGUGCUCUGAAUCAUACAGAUUGAUAAGAGUAUGCACAAGGACCUAUAUUACACUGCAGUAUAAAGUUAUUUAUAUGCACCUGCAGGUUUUAAAGCCCCAGAAUGCUUGCUUUCCCUGCCAGCAGGAAGCGAGUUAGUUCCUAGUGUUUAGGUUCAGUUAGUAUUUUAGUCUGUUUAGUGGCAUGGUAAACAUUGGCAUGUAAAUACUGACAUGCGAUAUUCAUAAUUUCUUUAAUGUUAAACUUCAGGGGUUUUAAGAAAGGAUGGUUAGUUUUCAGUGGUAGCAGACACCCAAUUCACAGUCACUAGCAACUCAAGAUGUACUGUGUAAGGAGUUGUGUAGGAUUGGGGGUUUCUUCCUUCUCUAUUUAAGUGUAUACUAAAUGUUUGUGGAAAACAUGUAAUACUUUGCAGCAUUAAACUGUAUUUAGAAUAAAUACUGUUUGAUUUUGCAUACAUCAUGUUUGUGGAGAAGAAUGCAGCUGCGAGUAUAAUGUCUUGAACUAUAAGGAUAUUUUUUUCCUUACACAGUUAUCAGCAAUUCUGAUUCUUAGGAGGAGGGAGACUGCAUUAGAGAGAAUACAAUUAAUUAAUGAGAUAGUGAGUACUUUGCAUUUCAAACUGUUUUUACAACUAUAACAAAUAUUUGAAAAGUGCAAGCCUGUGAAUCAACAAAGACAAGUAGCAAGAAUGGUUAAAAAUGAGUGGCCUGUAUUUCCACAAAUAGACAAAACUGCGUCAGAGUGAGUACAUCUGAGAGAACAAAGUGGGGAUCUUCAGUGUAUGUUAUCUAAGACUGUGCUUCCAAUGUAAGAGAGUGAGAUUGUGGCUAUAUAGUAGCCUUGCACCUGCCCUUCGCCUCCUGCUUCCCUUUUACCAUGAUUCCUCUCACUUUAUGUAAAAGACCAUUUUUGAGACAUUCAUGGAUCUUCAUAAGCAAUUAUAAUCAAGCUGGAAAUAGCUGUUGUGUGAAAGCAUAGCUAUAAUUCAAGUAUGUUACUCACUCAGAAUUAAUGUCUGUAGCUGCUAAAAAUUAAAAAACAGCUGGUGGGUUGGCUCAUUUAUUGUUGUGUCACUCAGUCUGCUCUUCUCUGGAAUUUAUGGACAUGGUUUCCCAUGGCAACAAGAAGAGCAUCAUCAUACCACUGCAUUUCCCUGAUGCUCCAUGCUUAUUUUGUCUAAAUCUGACAAGAGUCAAGAGCCUUGGAGGUAAUUUUCUACAAACUGUGCAAAAGAUGGUCAGGUAGAAAAGCCAGGCCUCUGAGACAAGCUGUUGUUAAAAUAAUAGGGAACUUAACCAGGAAGGAAAUCAAAGCAGUGCUCAGAUUCUGCAUUCACUUUCCCUGUGGCUUGUACCAGCUACAGCAUCCGGAGAUCCUUACACAUGGAAGGAAUUUCACAUGCUUCUGUUCCAGAAAUAGAGGAAUUACUUUCUUGUGUAGCAAAGAUCAACAAUGUUUUCUCCAAACUCACAAGGCAGAAAUUCCCCCGAGAUGUUGGUUGGCAAUGUCUUGUAUUGCUGUACUCCAGGGUGUUGGUUGAACACAGUGGAUGCUGAGAAAGACUGCAGUUUGAAGGAGGUGACUUGCAUGCCUCAAACUCAAGAACCAUAUGUCUUGGAUUGUGUAACCUAAAAAAAUUUGUAUUCUAUUUCAUCUGCUGAAAGCUGUUUUUUGGGAGAUGUUUUUUCCUUCUCUUGUAACUCCAGUGGGGAGAGGGGCGGAUGCCUUCUGAUAAUGGCCCAGCCAUUAAAACCAGGUGGGACAGUGUUUCUUAUCUCUUUCACCACCCCUCCGUCCUCCAGGGGGACAUCUUCUGAUAAUGGGCCAUUAGGGCCCACCAAUGACAUGGCACAUUCCAUCACCCCAUUGUGAGAUGCUCCACACAGUGGGGGAGGAGUCACUGUUCCUAGCUAGAUAAAAACUGGGACUGAAGGACACAAGGUAUCUGGGUUUUCCACUGGAAUCCUGGAGGAAGACCAGACCCAUCUUGUCACCACUGGACUUUCUACAGGUCCAUCUCUACUCCACAGAACCACAUCUGUUACUCCAGGAGGACUUAUUUGGACUGCUUCCAAUACCCUGACGAAGAGGGUGCCAGGUCAUAUCCCUGACUGUCAGGGUUUUUUCUGGGAUUUUUGUUUGCUU